ACACACCCAAUCAGCAUCCAGAGUUGGGGGUGCCACUAACAACCCUGCCCACCAAAGUAAUGCUUCUCGUGGGUGACGCGCCGGAACGAAUGGAGACGUUCAAAGACACCCUGGUGAACUACUUAUUCAAGGUGAAGGUGCAGGACACGCAUCGGCUGGUGCUAGUGGACGACCAAGGGUUUGCUGACGACCCGCCCGCAGCGAAAGUGUACGUAUUUCAUCAGCGGGAAGGAGACGUGCUACCCUUCAAUCUGGCGGUGGUGGACGUGCCUUUCCCUGGGUGGCGUUGGCAGCGCGCAGAGGGACGUCAGAUUGCUGCGCGCCCUCGAAGGCUUCCUCAAGCACCACUUUGGCACAACCCGUGUGGACGACAUCACCCUGAUGGCACCCGGGGACAGACGAGCCCCCUGCACCGCCGUAAUCAAUACCUACCACCUGCUGGCCCUGUGUUUUCCAGGACGUGGCCAGCCUCACGCAGGUGGUGGUGACGGAUUCGGCCUCCUCCACCGCCCAGCUGGCCUGCCUCAAGGAAUACAACUUGAAGUACAGGAACGUCUUUGUGUUCGACAGUGAUCAAGCCAACAGCACUUCCGGCACCAUUCCAGAGGAAUACUUCUUUGCACAAAUAUUUCGUCACUUUGAUUUCCAUGGCGUUGACGACUUUUUCCACGAGCUGCAGGAUAUUCCACCUCAGAGCAUGGAACUGACACACACGCUGGACGGUGGAGGCGUGGACGUAGCCGACUUGGCCAGGAUGAGGGUGGUGCGCCAGUACACGGAAGUAGUCGGUGUCACGCACCGGACGCUGAGCCUCCGUCAGCUACUGCUACAAGUAAGGCACAAAGACGAGGCCACAAAGACACAGCACCUCGUCCUCGGGGAGCCCAACAACAAAGCCAGCAAGGUAUUGGUGCUUGUGGGGAGCAAAGGUUCGGGCAAGACCACUCUGCUCACCGCUGUGGUUAACCACUUGCUGGGGGUCAAGUACCACGACAGGUUUCGAUUCCUUGUGGAUGGAGAUCCUCUUCAGCGUCUGGAGAACUGCCACAGGCUUCACAAGACCAGAUUCACCACCGCCUACACCUUCACCGCUGUGCCGCAGCCUUACCACAAGUACAACCUUACUAUCAUCGACACGCCGGGUCUCCGCGGCCCCGAGGAACACACCCAUAACAAGCAGGUUGCGGCCAGAGUGGCGGCCUUGCGAGACCAGUGCGGAAUACACCGCUUGGAUGUGAUUGGCCUCGUCGCGGUGGCGGGCACGGACAGAUUUCCGGAUAUGUACAGGUCUGUCUAUAAAAACAUUACUUCCCUUCUAACGGGUGAGGGAAGAGAGAAACUGUUCCUGUUGGCUACCAGAUCGGACGCCAAGAAAAGCACAGUGGGCGGCGAGCUGAGGCGCCUCGGCCUGCCCCUCGUCAAGACGGUUAGGUUCAACUCUCACUCCGUCCUCGCUGACGCUCUGGACAGGGACGAGGACGACGUCACGCACGAGGCUCUCACUAAACUGUACUGGAAGAUAGAGGAACACAGCCUGCAUUGUCUCCUCGCUGACCUGCUCACCUGACACUUGGGCACUCGUUUUCUUCAUCCCGUGUUCGAUUUUUUUUUUUUUUUUCAGAGGAUGUUGCGCCCACACAAUACAUUCAACGUCCAUAAAGAGUGAGUAAAUGUGUAUCUUAGCAAGAUACCCUUAAAUACUGUGUUUAUAAGGACAAGUACUACAUCGUGUUAAAUGUUUAAAAUUCUUACCUACUUAUCAAAACAACGCUCUUCAGGUCAUAUGGGGCAUUCAAUGGUUAAUUACCUUAAGAGGAAACAUUCUCCACAACGUUAGUAAUUCGUAAAUGUAUCUGAAAGAAAUCGGUCUUGCAGUCACGCAACAUCAAGACAACGUGUGCCAGCCUGCCAGCCGCCUCUACCAUCGUAAUGCUUCUUUCUUUUCUUUGCUUGUAGAAAGAUUGGGAAUAUUGAAGAGUUUGGACAGAAGAAGUAAAAAAAAGGAAACUGAAGGAAAGUAGUAGAUUAAAGAUUGUGGGCAGACCACGUUGCUAUUUUUUAAAUGAAGGUUUUUGGUGAGCGUGUGCAUGUAGUGCCAUCGUAAUGCUGCCGUGGGAUGGCACAAUUAAAGCCCAAUCCACACCCAUGCCACACACGCGUAUCUUACAAUUUGAUUAUCCGUCCCUCAGCACUAGAAGCCAAUAUUACUCAAUUAUUUCUGGCUGCCGCCCUUAUUGGCAAGUCUAACCGGGCCGGCGAGCCUACAGUAGUACAAUAUUCUCACAAGAGCAUGGAGAAAAUGUUAGGUUGCAAUAUAAUCUUAUGUUAUUUCCAUUCACAGCUAAGGAAUCCUCUGUACCUAAUGUGAAAAUCAAAUUAAUUCCAGGGCCAAGUAGACACGUACUAUACAAAAUGCCAUUGUCCAAGACUUGCGUAAAUUUAAACAACAAUUUCAGUACUGUGUAAAUAGAAUAAAAUCUGGAACUAGCAGAGGGCACAGAACAGCAACAGGUUACGUUGUUACUGUCUGACAAGUGGUGAUCCACUCACCACUAAACAUAACAACCCCCCCCCCCUCACAAACCCUCACCACCACAACCCAGUACAAUACCUUGCUACAGCUGUACAGCAGGUGUGGAAGACACAGAGAUGUGAAGAGGAACCCUCCAUGGUCAGCACACACGGUGACGCUGUCACCAGUCAACACACACACACACACACACACACACACUUAAGUGACUGAACAAUGUAAACAAUGACGUCUGCGAGUUUUCCCGCCAUCAACGAAAUCUUAUAAACCCUUGGUUAUUACUUAAGAUGCAAGCGUAUGUCAUUAAAAAAUAUUUUCCCAACAAUCUACAUAAAGUCAUUUUCAGUAUUUUUAUUUACUUUUUUUUCUGCCGCUGUACACCCGCCCAGAGACGGCAGUACAUUAUUUACAAACACUUAAUGAUCAAUUAUUUCAUCUGCUGCCAGUCACGAUACCAAUUUUUUCCUAUUACCUUAUCGACGAGUUUUUGAUACUAGUGCCAAUUUUGAUCUG